UCCCUGGCCCGGGGGCUGCGCGCUUUCCGCUUCGACCAUGGAUAAAAGGGGUUCGCUCACUUCGGGGAGCCACAGGAGCCUCUCCGCCAGCUCUCCCGCCAGCUCUUGUACUCCAGGCACCGCCGACCCGAACCUCCGAGCUCAGCCCCAUGGCCCGCACCGCGACCGCCGCCACCCCCUGCGCCCCUCGGCUCCUCCGGGCCGCGCUGCUGCUCCUGCUCCUGGUCGCCGCCUGCCGGCGCGCAGCAGGAGCGCCCGUGGUCACCGAACUGCGCUGCCAGUGCCUAAAGACAUUGCAGGGAAUUCACAUCAAGAACAUCCAGAGUGUGAAGGUGACAUCCCCGGGACCCCACUGCGACCGAACCGAAGUCAUGUAAGUGCUGCCUCUCGCGCUGCUGCUGCUAACAGAGUCCUGUCACUUCCACCGCCCCGAUGCCCGCACCUUGAUCCCCCAGCCCGACCUCCUGUCUCACAUGGAUUCUCUCUUCUCUCUGCAGAGCCACUCUCAAGGAUGGGCAGGAAGUUUGUCUCAAUCCCGCAGCCCCCCUAGUUAAGAAAAUCAUCGCUAAGAUGCUAAAGAAGGCAGCUCCAACUGACCAGAGGAAGCAGGAAGCUGAUCCAUGGCUAUACUUGAAGCAGACCCUAUCCUUAGAGAAAUCAAAGGAAAAAGAGGAAUCUUCAACUCCCAAGAUUGGACAAAACAUGUCUCAGCCCUAUGUUUUGAGCAUCUCUUAGGAGAAUUCUUCUACUUAUUUAUUUAUUGGCUGGUUUUCUAAGAUUCUGUGUUAAUAUUUUACAUGUAAAAUCCUUAACUAUGUGAUUAAUUCUACUUGUGUACUAUACUUUUAUUUUAUGUCAAACCCGUUAGUUCACUUUUGAUUAUUUAAUUUGAAGGUAAAAUGUUUGCAGAUAUUCUCUAGUUACUAAAUUAAUAUUUCUGAGGAGCCCACAGCAUGCCAGCCAGCUGCUAUGACAGAGGCUUGGGGAUCCAAGCAAAUAAUGAGGUCAUUGUUAGAGUAGGGGAAUGCAUGUGUACAUUUAUUUUUGUAACUGUUUAAAAGAAUGUUGGUUGUUAUUUAUUGGAACAAUUUCACAGUAUGUGAUCAACAUUUCUCAUGUUGAAGCUUUAAGAACUACAAUGUUCUAACUAUCCUUUAGACAUUUUAUGUCUUUCUUGUAAGGCAUAAUGCCUUGUUUAGUGUUAAUUAUG